UACUGUUAUUGCUCCUUACAGCUUUGAGUAACUUUGUUUCCAUGGCUAAGGGCACGGCGGCGGAGCCAGGGUCGUUCACGGCGAAGGACUACCAAGAUCCUCCGCCGGCGCCGCUGAUCGACCCGGAGGAGCUGACGCAGUGGUCGUUUUACAGAGCUCUGAUAGCAGAGUUCAUAGCCACGCUUCUGUUCCUCUACGUCACUGUCUUGACUGUGAUUGGGCACAGCAAAGAAGCCGACGCCUGUAAUGGAGUCGGCGUUCUUGGAAUCGCUUGGGCCUUUGGUGGCAUGAUCUUCAUUCUUGUUUACUGCACCGCCGGCAUUUCAGGGGGUCAUAUUAAUCCGGCGGUGACAUUCGGGCUAUUCCUAGCUCGGAAAGUUUCGCUGGUCCGAGCGGUUAUGUACAUGGCGGCGCAGUGUUUGGGGGCCAUAUGUGGCGUCGGGCUGGUGAAAGCUUUCCAGUCGUCGUACUACACUAGGUACGGCGGCGGUGCCAACAAGUUGGCCGACGGCUACAGCGACGGCGUGGGUUUGGGCGCUGAAAUCAUCGGAACUUUUGUUCUUGUGUACACUGUUUUCUCAGCCACUGAUCCCAAGAGGAAUGCCAGAGAUUCACAUGUCCCUGUUUUGGCACCUCUCCCAAUAGGAUUUGCAGUGUUCAUGGUUCACUUGGCCACCAUACCGAUCACCGGCACAGGCAUCAACCCUGCAAGGAGUCUUGGAGCUGCUAUUAUGUAUAACAAGGACAAAGCUUGGAAUGACCAUUGGAUCUUUUGGGUAGGACCGUUUACUGGGGCAGCCAUUGCAGCCUUCUACCACCAGUUCAUCUUGAGGGCAGGAGCAGUGAAGGCCUUUGGUUCAUUCAUGAGCAUAAGCUCUCAAGUUUAAUUUGAAUUGAAGUGAUUGUUUCUCUUCUACUUUCACAUUCUUAGCAGAAUGAUGAUGAGUGAGUUUGGGGAAAAAGAUGAUGUUUUAUUAGUGUGUUGUUGUCCUAGGUCAUUUAUGGUACUCAUUGUCACAGCAAUUCUUUGUUGAUCAAGCACCACGGGAGAGUGUUUGGGAGUCUUUAUUUUUGUUUUUAUUUUUUGUCAUGUAUUACUUCACUUUUGUAUCUACACUACUUCAUAUUCAUGUAGUAUCUUUCCUCGUCUGUCUA